AUGGAGGUCAACUCCACAGAAGCCAGCAGCAGCUCCCAGGGAGGCACCGGCUGUCUGGAUCUUCCCCUUGUCACUUUCACUGAAACGGUGACUUUCACAGAAGUGGUGGCAGAAGAGGAGUGGGGAUCCUUUUACUAUUCCUUUAAGACAGAGCAGCUGGUGACUCUUUGGAUACUCUUUAUUGUCACAAUUGCUGGAAAUGCCAUCGUGCUCUUCUCUACCUGGAGGAGGAAGCGGAAGUCUCGAAUGACCUACUUUGUUACUCAGCUGGCGAUCACAGAUUCAUUCACAGGACUCAUCAACAUAAUGACUGACAUCAUUUGGCGCUACACUGGAGAUUUUAUGGCCCCUGAUAUCGUUUGCAGGGUCGUUCGCUACUUCCAGGUGGUCCUUCUCUAUGCUUCCACUUACGUCCUCGUGUCACUAAGCAUAGACCGGUAUCAUGCCAUAGUUUACCCCAUGAAGUUCUUGCAAGGAGAAAGGCAGGCAAAAGUGCUUAUUGGAGUGGCCUGGAUCCUUUCCUUCCUGUUUUCCAUACCCACUCUGAUUAUUUUUGGGAAACGGCAGCUCUCCAAUGGGGAAGUGCAGUGCUGGGCUCUCUGGCCUGAUGACUCCUACUGGAUCCCCUACAUGACGGUUGUGGCUUUCCUGGUGUAUUUCAUUCCUCUGAUCAUUAUCAGUGUCAUAUACUCAAUCGUGAUUCGAACCAUCUGGAUAAAGAGCAAAGCUCAGGCUGUCAUCAUAUCCAGCUGUCCUGGCGGCAAAACCUCCCGUGGCUACAGCAGUCGUGGGUUCAUAUCCAGGGCGAAGGUGAAAGCGAUCAAGUACAGCAUUGUAAUUAUCCUUGCAUUUAUUCUCUGUUGGAGCCCUUACUUUCUGUUUGAUAUCCUGGACAACUUCAACAUACUGCCUGAGACCAAAGAGCGCUUCUACGCAUCUGUGAUUAUUCAGAACCUGCCAGCCUUGAACAGCGCCGUCAACCCUCUUAUCUACUGCUUCUUCAGCAACAGCCUCUGCCCCCCUUCUGAGGAAAGAAGAACUCAAAGGCUGGGGGGAACUUUCAGGGAAAGGAGCGAUGGAGGGCAGGAGAUGCAGGUCCUGUCGAAACCAGAAUACAUCUAGCACAG